ACAUGUUUGAUACUUGAUCGUCUUGAACUUGUUUAAUAAUAAAUAAUAAUAAAUUGUUACUUGUUAGUUGUUAGUGUUCUUGUGCUUUAGUGACUGCCUUGUAAUGCCUAUCAUUAUGUCUUCGGAUGUCGAUUCUGAGGAAGAAUUGUUGGAAUUGUAUGCAUCUGGUAAAUUAAAGCCAGGUUUGAAUAUACCUGUAGAAGAAGAUAAAGUAUUCAUCAACAAUGUUAAUGCAAUGAAAGAAUCUAUUACUUUAUUUCAAAGUAGUUUACCAUGGAGUGAACGACUUGAUAUUGUGGCUGAAGUUGCUCCAAUGGCUCCUGAGCUUUCAAUGGAAAUUACUGAACAACAACAAUUUCUUAAAGCUGGUAAAAUUGAUGAAGUAGCAUUAAAUGAUUUUAAACGAGAAACCUUGUUUCACCGUCAAGCCCAAACAGCUGUUAUGCGUGGCAUAGAAUUGUUACGUAAACAUAAUAUAGCUACACAUCGACCAGAAGAUUAUUUUGCAGAAAUGUUUAAAUCUGAUGAGCAUAUGCAAAAAGUACGACAUGCCCUCUUACAAAGAAAGACUGCUCUAGAACAAACGGAAAAAGUGCGUCGUAUCCGACAAGAAAAGAAAUUAGCUAAAGAGAAACAAGUAGCAGCUAUACAAGCAAAACAUAAACAAAAACGUGAUCUUAAUGAAAAUAUUAAGAAGUUUAGAAAAGGUUUAAGAAAUGAUUUAGACUUUUUGGAAACUGACAGUGGAAAGAAAAAUAAGAAAAAAGAUGAUGGUGGCGGUGAAAAGAAAAAAAAUCUAACAAGAUCACAACAUAAAAGAAAAGGAAAAGAUACAAAAUAUGGAUUUGGUGGUAAAAAAAGAGGCAUGAAAGAAAACACUACAGAAAGUACAUUUGGUGGUAGUGGUAAAUCAAAUUUUAAAGGAAAAAAUAAAGGUAGAAUUAAUAAAAAGAAAAGAAUGUCUUCAAAAAAUAAAUAAACCAAUUUUUAAAAAUUUGAAUGUAAAUAAUUGUAUCAUCUGAAUCAUUUUUCUACUUAAUAAUCCAAUAYUAAAAUCAAU